AUUUUGCGGAAGUCUUAUUCUGAGGAAUCUAGGCUUUUGCCUACUUAGACGCGAAAUGGAGUUACGCCUACUGCGAAUGCUCUUCUUUCUCUGUACAUUUCUACGCGUCACUGCAUAUACUCCUCUAUCGGACGACACCCUGCGAAACCUCCCAUCAGCAGGCGCGGACUUCGAUAUAAAGACAGGAUCGAUAUUGGCACCGAUCUUGGUCCCUCGGGUACCAGGGACACCCGGGUCGACGGCUGUACAGCAGCAUUUCGUGAAUUGGUUCCGGACGAACCUACCAGACUGGGCUAUCGAAUUCCAGAACUCUACUUCAACGACUCCUGCGACUGGCACAAAGCAAGUUCCGUUUACGAAUAUUGUCAUAACACGCGAUCCGCCAUGGGCGAAAGUUGGAGAUGUGGGAAGACUGGCAUUGGUUGCGCAUUUUGAUUCCAAGUUGUCACCAGCUGGCUUUAUUGGCGCAACGGACAGUGCUGCUCCUUGCGCUAUGAUUAUGCAUGCCGCGCGCAGUGUGGAUGAGGCCUUGACACGAAAAUGGGAUGCUAUAAAAGCGGAGGGUUCUAAUGGCUUAGAGGAAGAGAAGGGUGUGCAAAUUAUAUUGCUUGAUGGAGAGGAGGCUUUCGUUAGCUGGACAGACUCGGAUUCUCUGUAUGGAGCUAGAUCUUUGGCAGAAGAAUGGGAAGCGACUCCUCACGCUGCGAUGUCUACAUACCACUCUAAUUUAAGCUCCAUCACUUUAUUCCUCUUGCUCGACUUACUAGGAGCUCCAAACCCGCAUGUCCCUUCGUAUUUCAAAACAACACAUUGGGCAUAUCAGAAUCUAGCAAAGAUUGAGUCGCGGCUUCGUGGUUUAAAAAUUCAGCAGUCAUCUGCUGGACACCCCUUUCUCCCAGAAACCGACAAAGGACCGGACCAAUUCAACGCUGCGUGGGGAGUACAAGACGAUCACAUCCCAUUUAUGGCUCGCGGUGUUGAGGUUUUACAUAUUAUACCCACGCCAUUCCCAAGCGUAUGGCACACUAUGGCAGAUGAUGCAGAGCAUCUCGAUCUGCCUACUGUAGAAGAUUGGGCGAGGAUGGUUACUGCGUUUGUAGGCGAAUGGAUGGAUCUAGAGGGUCAUUUUCCAUCACCGAAAGCGCGGCUUGAAAAGAUCAAGGAGAAGCGGAAGACUGAACUCAUGUAGUUAUAAAUAAUAUUUGCCGCUAUCCAUUGCAAUACUUUGCCAGCCGAUGACCAGAGACAGCAGAACUGAGAAAUAGUGUCAUGAAGAUCUUCUUCGACGCAAAAGUACUAUUCCUUGGCCCUCUUGAACUCUGACUUGGUUCAAAAUGUGUACUUUGGCAUAGGCUAAUUCUUAGAUUCUCCAACUGGGCUAUAGCCUUCUCAUGCUUGGCGAUCAUCAAUUCGCACAACAUCUGGAGAAUGCCCCAAGUAGACUGAUUGAGGGCCGUGUUUCGUGUCCGAUUUCGUCACCUUUACUUGUUCAUACCAAGAAUGUUAGUGCAA